AUGACGAUAUCGCAUCAUGAAGGAUGCGGAUGUAAAAAUGCGGAUGAGAUUUUAAAAGGCGGAGAGUUCUUACUAAAAUACAUAAAUAUUGAAAAAGUUACAGCAUUAAAUGAGAAGUUACAUGGAUCAUGCAGGAAAAUUUUAAAGUCCUAUGAUAACAGGUUGUCCUCUGAAAACUGCGAAAGUGAUGUUGACAAUGAGUUGAUAAUAAACAUUCCUUUUACGAGCCCUUGUAAGGUAUUGAGCAACUGCAUGAAUUUGAGGUGCAAACAUAUAAGCAGCAUUGUUAGUUUAUUCCUAAUUGGUGGGGAAGAAGGAAGUUACCCGAAGAAAAUGAAAAUUUUUUCUAACAGAGAAGAUAUAGACUUUGAAAACAUUAACGAUUUCAAAUGCGUUCAAGAACUAGAAUUAUCGGAAGAUUAUCAUGGAUCAAUUGAAUAUCCAUUAAAAGUAACUUCUCUAUUCAAUGUAAGCUACUUGACCCUCUAUUUUUAUGAAAAUUACGGAGCAGAAACGACAAAAAUAUUUUAUUUAGGAUUUAAAGGCUUAGGAACUAAUUAUACGAGAAAGGCAGUUGAAACGGUUUAUGAAGCCUCGCCAAAUUUGGCCGACCAUAAAGUUGAAGGAGCUGUCAAGAAAACAAAUUUUUCCUUUGAUGCCUUUUAA